CUCCGUCGUCACAAUUGACAAUUGCACGGCGGCAGCGAGCAAGAGCACUGCAGCGACUUUCCUCUCCCUCCCAAUCAUAGAUUCUUCUUCUCCCUAGCUCCCUCCGAGGCUCUGAUACCAAGAAGCAAGCGCCCGACGGUGGACGGCGAGAAGCUGCUGCUGCUGCCUCCAGAGGAGGCGGCCUGCCACCACAAGGAGCGGCGGGAGGAGGAGGAGGAGGGCGCCGGGCGCUGGGGGCUGUGCCGCAUGCCGCUCCGGGGGACCGCGUCCGCGCCGCCGGCCACCGAAGGCGACGGCGACGGCGCCCGCGGGCCGUCUGGCUCCGGCGGUGGUGGUGGCGCCAAGGUGAUCCUGUCGCUGCUGCCCACCCGCCGCCGCCUGCGCCUCGACCCGUCCUCCAAGCUCUACUUCCCAUAUGUACCUGGGAAGCAAGCCCGGAGCGCGGUCAGGAUCAAGAAUAUCAGCAAGUCCCAUGUGGCCUUCAAGUUCCAAACGACCGCACCAAAGAGUUGCUUCAUGAGGCCUCCCGGUGGCAUACUUGCUCCAGGAGAAAGCAUCAUAGCAACAGUGUUUAAGUUUGUGGAGCAUCCAGAGAAUAACGAGAAGCCGUUAGAUCAGAAGUGCAAGGUCAAGUUCAAGAUUGUCAGCCUGAAAGUCACAGGGCCUAUGGAGUAUGUCCCUGAAUUGUUUGAUGAGCAGAAGGACCACGUUGCAGUUGAGCAAAUUUUGCGGGUGGUAUUCUUGGAUGCUGAUCGUGAGAGCCCAACUUUUUUUUUGAAGCAAAUGGACAAACUCAAGCGCCAGCUUGCUGAAGCAGAAGCCGCCCUUGAGGCACGUAAGAAACCUCCAGAGGACAACGGUACCCGUAUUGUUGGUGAAGGCCUUGUGAUUGAUGAAUGGAAGGAACGGAGAGAGAGAUACCUUGCUCGUCAGCAGAUCGAAGGGGUUGAUUCAGUGUAGACACAACGCCCUAAACUCUGCAAGCCAUUGGUUGCUUGAGCAUACCAUUUUAUAGGCGACAUGUACCACCCUUUGCACUCCCCUUGUUGAAUGGUUUUGGAGCUUUUGUGGAGGUUCGACUUUGAACAAGAAUGAGGCUUUGUGUAAUUAGGAUUUAAGCUUCCUGCUGCACUUCUUUCCUGAGUUUGCAUGUAGAUAAUCAGUCAAUGCUUGAUAAUAAUAUCUUAUGUGCUAAGUCAUGUACUUGUUGUUGUGGACUUCACACGCGAAUGUGAUACAUUCCUUAGCUUCUGUCCUAUCAAUAUUAAAAGUGUAAUGUAAUCUCAAAAUGGCACUCUCCAAGGUGAUUAAUGGAAGUUCUCCCAUCAUGUUACACUAA